CAAACCCUCCUCCCUUUCCAAUGCACUGACUUUCUCUUUCACUUGUAGCGGCUCGUCGCUGUCAAACCCCUUCGGAAAACCUCUCAUUUCUUCAGGCGGUCAAAGACCUUCGGAUCUGGAGAGAAAUAGAAAUUGCAGAGAUCAAAUGGCCCAGUCUACCCUCUCCAAGUUCUUCACUCCUCAGGAGAGCAGGAACCUGCAGUGUCUGUACAACACAGGGGAUUUGAAAACUGUGAUUCUUCAGAUGAAGAGUAAGUCUCACAAUUUAACCAACAUGCAGCUGAACAUUGCAGUGAUGGGGGAUGUGGGGUCAGGGAAGUCCACCUUCAUUAAUGCAAUGAGAGGACUUCGGAGUGAUGACCAAGGAGCUGCUCCAACUGGGAAUGAAGAAACCAGGAUUGAGCCAACCGGGUAUUCUUAUCAAGAUCUGCCUAAUGUCCAACUCUGGGAUCUUCCAGGAACAAAUUCCUUCGGAUUUGAACUAAAUCGUUAUCUAAAGAAUGUGAAUUUUGAAAGCUAUGACUUUUUCAUUAUUAUUUCUCAGGCUCGAUUCAGAGAGAAUGACGCCGAACUUGCCAAAAAGAUUCAAGAACAAGGCAAAGAGUUUUACUAUGUCCGGGCCAAAAUAGACAAUGAUGCCCGGUCACUGUGGAGACAAGGUGCUGACCUUAAUGAAGGCUGGGUCAGAAUCCGCAAGGACUGUAUCAGUAACUUCCAAAGUGUCGGGGUUACACCACCUGCUAUUUUUCUGAUCUCCAGUUUUGAUCGAGAGGAAUAUGACCUUCCUAAAUUAAAGAACAUGCUCGCCAGGGAUCUCCCCAGUAUUAAAUCAAACAUCUUCACGCUGUCAAUCCCAAAGAUUAUGAUGGAAAUUACAGAAUCCAAAACAAGGAUGGUAGAGAAGAGAGUCUGGAUGUUGGACAUUCUUGCUGGAGCAAUAGGUACAGUGCCAGUGUCAAUCUCAGAAUCAGUGCCAGUGCCAGUAUUGCUUUUCAUUGCUUGCAUUGGGUUGACAAUUACUGGGUGGAUGUACCUUCAGAAACAGCCGGGAAUCAGUGGUGCGUCUCUGCAACAUUUGGCCAGCAAAUUCUCCAAGCCCAAUUCCAAUCUGAAAGCUGAAAUGAAUCGUCAAUUGACACGCAAGUUACGACCAACUGUUAUCCACAUCCUGUUAGGAAUCACCCUCAUCGUAUGCAUGAUAACUGGGUCUAGACAUAGCUUCACUCUGAUCACCCAGUCUAUCUUCGGAGCAGUGUCAUCCUUUGCUUUUGCCUACAAGUUGCUAAAUGAUUCACUGAGACAGCGUUUGGAAACUAUACAACAGUUAGUAAAAUGUGCAGUGAGCAGAGAGUGACAUCGUCCUCAGCACAUUACAACAAUCAACAUUAUUGCUUAGAUUGUUUGAAUUGGAGUGAUGUUUAACAUAGAAUGAGACAGGUUAAUCUGACCAGGUCCGAGGUCAAAAUCAUUUUCUGUUCUGGGAUUAAUUCAGAGAAUCAUAGAAUCCCUAGAGUGCAGAAGCAGGACCAUCAUGACCACAAUGAACAGCAUCCUACACAGACCCAAACCCUACACUAUAAUUCUGUCUUACCCAUGGCUAAUCCACCCACCGUGCACAUCCCAGGAUAUUAUGGGCAAUUUAACAUGGCCAAUCCAUCUGACCUGCACAUCUUUGGAUUGUGGGAGGAAACCGGAGCACCUGAAGGAAACUCACACAGACACGGGGAGAAUGCGCAAACUCCACACAGUCAGUCGCCCAAAGGUGGAGUCAAACCUGAGUCCUGGCACUCUGAGGAACCAGUGUGUCACCCCAUAUCCUGGCUUUUGUUUUUAUUUCUUAAUGUGAACCGUUCCACUAAUAGUUAGAAUGAAUAAUGUGAUUGAGUCUGAUCUGGAUAAAAAAAACCUGAGGGCUACUUGUCGCAAUCAAAACCGAAACACUGACUUUAGAACUGAGUCCCCCAGCUUCACAGCUGCCUUUACCUGAUGAAGGAGCAGAUCCAGCUCAAAAUAUGAAUUUGCUUUCUCUCUCAGUAGAUUCUGCCAGACCAGCUGUGCUUUAGCAUUUCCAGCAGCUUCUGCUUUUAAUACAGAUUUCCAGCAUUUGCAAUAUUUUGCUUUUAUCUCGUUGUGAAAAAGUUUCUCAUGGUCAUUGCUCGAAUUCUCUUACAAUAAAUCUCGAUGUGCCAAUAUUUCUAAUCUAAUGU